AUGGCAAGCAUGCUUGAACGACUUUCCGACGAGCUGAUCCUCGAGAUCUUUAAGCAUCUGCGGCCCGCGCGACUUCUUGUCUACUUGUCACAUGAUCAUGAGGUGUAUAGCGCGGGCAUAAGUAGCAACGCAUCCGUCGCAAUCUUCGCAUCGUUAUGCCUCACAUCAACGCAUCUUAGCCGUCUUGCAAUACCAGAACUCUAUGGGAAUCUUGUCAAACGCGAGGCAUCGCAGAAACUGCCAUACAGAUCAUCGCCUGGCCAGGAGUCAAGAUCUGAGCACUAUCUGAGACAAUUCUUUGAAUUUGGCGAGGCAGUUGUGCGCAGUCCGAGCCUUGGUCAACACUUGCGCUAUGUCAAUUUCUCAUUCGAAUCGUCCGAUAUGUUGGAGCUCUGCCGGACUUAUCUCCGCCGUGAGAGAUGGUCAAGUCACCGUAAGGCUAUGAAACGUUUAGCCUCGCAAAUAUGGGGUGCGACUCAGCUACAGGUUUGGAUCCAGUUAUGCGAGAUGCGUCCGGAGCAAGCUCAGUCCGUACUUCUAGCUGCAAUGGCCCCCAAUAUCACUCACGUCGUUAUCGAUGUCUAUGAGAAUACACUUUCGACCAAUUUGUCCCUCCUCGGCAUAGACAAUCCGCUGUGCGAAAAACCGCCGUCUCGUGUCCAUGACUUUAGUCGGCUUGAAAGACUCAUAUUGACCAUGCGGGGCGAUUGGUUUGACAAGCAGAGGAAGCCUGACUAUGAGUCUCCGUUCCUUCCAGCCACACCAGUACGACAUCUGCUUCCACAACUUACCAAUCUUCGACAUUUUCAGCAAAUUUUGGCACCUUCACCAGGAAUAUACGACUCGGUCUUGCACCCACAUAUUGUUAUGGCUAAACUGGAGACACUAAACCUGCAUAUGUGUAACGCGGAAGAAUUCUUUGACUUCCGCAUCCUGUACUCGGCUCUGCGAAAGAGCCUUGGAACACUGGAAAAUGUUUCCAUCUCAGUUGGGGAGUCGUAUUUGGGAGACGUCCACCAAGACCCCUUGGGAACAUUCUCUGACUUCUUGCUCUUGAAGCGACUUCGCGUACCAGAUAUCGUCAUGAUGGGAAAGCCAGAAGGUUAUGAUUUGGAGGGACCCGAUUAUGAUUGGAGCGAUUUUUGUCCCCAGAGCUCGCUCAUUGAUCUCCUCCCUCCUUACCUCGAAUGCCUGUUCCUAGCUUCAGAGUUUGUCGGGCUCUCCGACAGGACCGAAUUUCUUUGGGAGUUUGUCCGCAACCUCGACCAACUGUCUCGACUAAGAAGCUUUGGAUCCGUCGGCUCUCGUAAUGGUUCAUUCGAUAGGCUGUCUGAGGAACUUGCUAGCCGAGGCGUUCAAUUCACAGAAUCUGACUUCGCAUUUAGUGGAGAGUGGUUGGGCACAGUAUUUUGA